CCGCCCGGUCCGCCACCUCGCCAAGCCCUCAUGUCCUCAUCCCUCGACGAGCCGGCGCAAACCACGAGCGAGGAGAAGCUCACUUUGCUCAAGCGCGCCUACCGCGCGCUAAAGGAGGAGUCUGAGCGGCGCGAGGCGACCAUGCAGGAGGAGCGCGCCUCGAUGCAGCGCGAGCGCGGUGCGCUGCUCGCGCAAAUCAAGGUCCUCACGCGGGACCUGGACGGUCUGAAGGAGUCCGUCCGCCGCGCUGGCGCGGAGGCGCGGGAGCGCCUUCUCGCCAACGGUGAGCCGCUCGGCCGCUUCUCCUCCGGCGCCGGAGCCUGCCCUGGCAGCGUGGCGAGCAGCAGCGGCUGCAGCAGCGCCCACUCUGCCGGCGGUGGCGGGAGCGAGGGCGUGGGGUCGUACCAGAAAGGGCGCGAGUGGGCGGCGCGGGUGCUGCACGCGCGGGAUGCGCUGACGAGCGCCCUCUCCACCUCGCUCGAGUCGGUGCAGGGCCUCGCCGUGCCGGCCUCCGUGCAGGCGCAGCUGGCGCGGCAGGCGGCCCUGCUCGACGACCACGCCGCCCACUCGCAGGCGCUGUGGCUUCAGCUCUCCGAGGCGCGGGCCGCCGUCGCCGCAGCCCACGCCACGACUCGCGCCGAGAGCGACCGAGCCGACGCCGCGACGGGGCAGGCGUCCGAGGUGCUGGCGGUGGCGGACGAGGCCGAGGCGCGACGCGCCGACGCGGUGGCCUCGCUCGCCGCGGUGCGUGGCCAGCUGGCUGCGGCGGUGGCGGCGAGUCAGUCCGCCGCCGAGGCGGCUGCAGCGAGGGAGGCGGAGAUGCGCGCCGCCGCCGACGCAGAGCUGGCGGACCUGCGGGUGGGGCUCGCACAGGCGUGGGCCGAGAAGAGGCGCGUCCAGGCGCAGCUCGACCUCGCGCGGGGCUCGCUCGGCGCGCCGCCGCCGCUCGGCGCGCCGCCGUUGCCGCCUGUCGAGCCGGCGGGCGGAGAGCCGUCUCCUUCCUCUCCCUCGGCGGCCGCAGCUCCCUCCGUCGCUGCCGCUCU